GAUUCAAACAACAGACUUGCACUCUUGCAGUUGAGUGAAUACUGUGUUCGGUAGUUUUGUGACUUGUUUUCAUAGUGGUGUGCGUUCGUAUUUCCGAUUUUAUCACCCUGAAAACCAAUUUAUUUUAUCCGAUUUCAAAUCCUGUGCGUGAAAAAACAUGUCGAAAAGUUUUAACUGUUGUGGUAGCUAGGUUAGAAACUUUGAAACUAGCGGUAGCGUUGUGAAAGUGUGGUUAUAAAUUCAGAGUGUGAGUUGUUUGUGAUCUGUGGUAGCCUAUUCUAUUGUGUUUUACUCACCAUUCUUUGGAUAUAAACAUCGGUUGCCGCUACAGUUUAUCAUUCUGGUGAGGCCUAAUGCUGGAUGGUCCUGUUGCUGUUUCUUAUAGAACCUUGGUAUAACAUAUUUUCCAAGGACGGCCUGAUCCUGGUGGAGAGGCAGCCCUCGCCAGGACCGCCUCAUAGUCAUUCUCCCCUCUAUAACAUCUGAAGGUGGUGGGCGUGUCUAGUGAUGGAGGGGAGUGGCUGGGUGGUGAUGGUGGGGGUGUUGUUGGGCCUGGUUGGGUGUGCCUCGCUGGGCGUGGCCGAAGAUUGGUCCAACUGCCCUUCGGUUUGUCGCUGCAAGUGGGUUUCAGGCAAGAAGGUGGCCGAAUGCACGCAGGCUGGCCUCUCGGCGGUGCCAGAUCGACUCUCCACCGAGAUUCAGAGCAUCGAUCUGUCAGGUAACAACAUGCAUUCACUGCCGGCCGACGCGUUCAAAUCGGUUGGGCUGGUCAACUUGCACCGCAUCCACCUGCGGGAGUGCAACAUCCAGGAUUUGCACAAGGACGCGUUCCGCCGUCUCGAGAUUGUCAUUGAGAUCGACCUGUCGCGCAACCGCAUCCACACCCUGCAUCCCAACACAUUCAGCGAGAACCUCAGGCUCAGGCUGGUCUACUUGAGCCAGAACCCUCUGCAGAAGUUGGAGGAAGGUCUGUUCAACAACCACACCUACCUGCAGACAGUGGACCUCAGCGACUGCCAGCUGUCCCACAUUUCCUACAAGGCAUUCUUCAAUGUGCCUCUACUAUCCAGGAUUGCUCUCAAUGGCAAUAGGCUGGUGCAUAUGAAGGUAGCAGUGCUGGAAUCGCUGGAGCGCAUCGCAUCACUGGUGCUGGACCACAACCCGUGGCGGUGCGACUGCCACCUGCGGCCCUUCCGCGACUUCAUCGUCGCCAAGAAUCUCUACUCGCAGCCGACCUCCUGCGCCGAGCCACCUGCCCUCAAGGGCAAGCACUGGAACGACGUCAAAUCGGAGGAGUUCGCCUGUCGACCUGUCAUCAACUGGCCGCCGGUCGGCACACGCAUUGAGGCCGAAGGCGAAGACGUGACGCUGACAUGUCGCGUGACGGGCGACCCGAAGCCGGUGGUAAACUGGGUGGUGAACUCGCGAGUGAUCGCCAACCAGACGCACCGGGCCGGCUACUCGGACUCGCGCUACGUGCUCAAGCAGGACGCUGACGGAUGGCUCAACCUGUCCAUCUCACGGGUCCGCCACCAGGAUCGCGGCGAGUUCAUCUGCGGCGCCACCAGUCCCGGCGGCGUCGAGGAGCGUCACGUGACCCUGGUCGUCAAACAGGGCAGGGGCGCGGGAGGGGGCAGUUUCGGCGAUGGGGGGGCCGCCGAGUAUUGGCCCCUGCUGUUGGGUUUGGCGUUUGGCCUGGUGGCUAUCUUGAUGUUAGCGCUCGCCUUGUGCUGUUGUCUCUGCAGAUCGAAGCCGCAUGAGCAUCCCAAACGACCUAAAAAGGUGCUUGUUGAACAAAGCCAAGUGGGAAGCGAGAUGACAAUUGACCAAGAGAAGAGUCUGUUGACAGUUGUGAACCCUGUACAGAAACCUCCCCGACGCCACGAACCACCGACACAGCUCUCAGAGUUGAACAGGAAUCUGCUUGAUGACUCAGCGAACAGCGUGAUGGGAGAGAGUGAAGGUAGAGCCUCCCCCCGACUGAAGGAUGACGGACUCACCUUCCCCCCCGACCUCCUGGCGUUCCCCCGUGCUUCCCCCUCCCCACAGUCACCCACCCUCCACUCCCCCACCGCAUACCUGUCAACGACGCUGCCCUACUCCAGGUCCCACUCGCCACGACAUGGGUAUGUGACAAUCCCCCGCCGACCGCGCGUUCCCAGCUGGUCGAGCGCCCCCACCCCCACCCUGCUGGAGGAGAAGGUGGGGCUGGGAGCACCGGCCUAUGACAACCUUGGUCCGCGCACCACAGCUGAUGGCUCCAGUGUGCUCUCACUCAACAAGGUCGACUCAUUGCCGCGAUCGAGGAGCUCCCAUGCACACUGUCACACGCUACCAUCACGCAAGAGCUCUCUACCUCCUAUGCUCACCUCCACGCCACGUGUCGAUCCAGACGGUGGACUAGUUAGUCCUCCUGGUAUGUCGAUACCAGGCGCCUUAGGAGGUAUGACUUUACCAGGAGGUCUCCCAGCAAGAACCAGUUCUGUUGAGACAUUAAGCAGCAACCAGGCGACACCCCUCCGCCCCAAAAUACCCCCCAAGGUGCCCCCCAAGCCCGUGAAACGCAACGGACCCCUCUAUGAGGACGAGGGUGAAGAUGGGACAGAAGUUUGAGGGUGGAUCAUACAAGUGCUGUUAGUGACUAUGUUGGUGGCCGAGUGUGCGUAACAGACUGCAGCUAACUGUGAUUUCAGAGUGACUUUACUUUUAAGAAACACACAUUAUUUAAAAAACUUGUGGGACAUAUGUGGUGAUGACACAAUUUGUAAUGUUUUCAUGGUGACUAUUCCUUCAAGGAAAGUGACUCCAUACUUUUGAAGGUGACUUUACUUUUUAUAAAUGUGAAAACGUGUGGACAACAUAUAUAAUGAUGACAUAAACUGUGUUACUUUGAUGGUGAUAACGGUAGAAACUAUUCGUUAGAAAGCAAGGAUUUAUGAUUUGAGUUCGUUUGUUCUUGAUUGUAGCUAGAAUGAUUCAUAUUUGAUGUGACUAUACUUUGAAAAAAGUGACUGUAAACUUUUGAGGAUGAUGUAACUUUUUAAAAGUAGACAUUGUGUGGAAAAGUAGGAACAGAUAUGAUGAAAAAGUUGGUUUUAUUUUGAUUGUAGCUUUAACUUUAAAUGAUUCAAAACAGUAAGCAGGGAUUGUAAGCAGGGAAUCUGAUGAACAAAUUGAUAAUAUUUUGAAGAUGAAUUUGUAGUUUGAAAAAUAGCUACUGUAAAAAAAACCAAAAUGAUGACCAGACAGGCUGAAAAAUUUAUAAAACCGAGAUGAAUUUGAAUACAAAAUUCAGGUCUCUUGAAAACAAUCUGUAGUUUGUGAAAGAUAUCUGGUCUCAAUAACUUAAAGUUAAUAAUGAGGAUAACAUCAAGAUAAGGUUUGAAGUCUGUUAGUAACAAUUAAGGUCUGUUCCUGCAUUUUAUUUCAAUUUUUACUAUUUUAGUAUAGAGAAAAUGUCUGUCUAAGAGUAAAUUAUUAACUUAUCAAUUUGUGCUAAAACGGUUUGCAACAAGUUGCAAGCUAUUUCGACCAUUUAGAUAGUUUUGAAAUUAUGAAAAUUUGUACUAAUGUAAAUAGAAUUUUGUGGCUUAUAACGUUUGUAUUAACAUUUUGUGCUCUACAGAAAUCAAAAACAGGGAUUUUUCUCAUUUCCAGCGCAUUAAAGUAGUUUAGCCCUGGAAUAUCAACUCUGAUUAUGUCAACUGGUACAAGUGUCAACUGGCACUCUGAGCCACAACAAAGAGCCAUAAAAACCCGGAAAAUCAGUUACUACAUAUGAAUUCUGCUAGUUAGUCUGAAUUUCCUGUUUUCAUGGCUCCUUGCUGUGAUGCUUGCACUUUUGGAACUGCACUCUUUGUUGCUGAUUUCCUUAAAGUUUCUGGUUUUCCGUUUUUUUAUGGCUCCUUGCUGAGAUGCUGGCUCUCUUUGUUGUUGACUCCCUUGUAGUUUCUGAUUUCUUUUUUUUUAAUGACUCCUUGCUGUAAUGCUGGCACUCUUGGAACCACACUCUUUGUUGUUGAUUCUCUGUUUUUUAAGGCACCUUGCUGUUAUGCAGGCACUCUUAGAACUGCACUCCUUGUUGCUCAUUUUCUUCUUGUUACUGAUUUUCCAGUUAUUUUUAUGAGAAAAAAGGUUUACAAUUUUGAGAAAUAUAUAAAUUGGGUUUUGACAGCUAUUUUAGAAAACAUUCUCCCAAUGCUAGUUAGUAGCCUUCACUUUAUUAUCAAACUUCUUUAAUCCUUUAAUUUGGAUUUUCGUUUAAUAAUAAUAAUAAUCUAUUUAAUCCUCUUUGCAAUUUUAUCCUUUACAAUAUUAUGGUUGGCGAAUAUUGUAAAUUUUGUAGUAUUCGAAGGGUCCAAUUUCGUUUGAGCAAAGUAAAUCUUAUUUUACAAUAAUUUACAUUUAUACUACGAAGUAGACACUCUCAACUCAUCAUUCCCUGGCAAUAUUGUUCUUGGUAUUCACGACUUACAAUAGUAAGCUUCACUUAUUAUUCUUAAUUUCCACAUUCUUUUAAUCAUUUUGUUUAUAAUUUAAUUCAUCAUAAUUUAUCUAUCUGUUGAUAACACUCCACUGUUUUUGAUAAUAUCAUGGAUAAUUGCGAUUAAGUUUAUUCUACUUGAAUAAUUAUGUAGUAUUCCAAUACAUUUAUUAAAUUGGGGCAUUAUUUUAUUGAAUCGUCUAUCCUAUUUGUAAUUCUUCCGAAUUUUUCAUCACUUAUUAGGAUCUAUUAAUUUAAAAAUACAUUUUAUUCUCUUGCAAUUUAAUUUUAUCCAGUUGAUUGAAUUUAUUAUUUUCCUAUGUGCAACUGAAUUGAGAUGGUGUUUCCUUAAUUAAAAUUGUAUAAAAAGAGUUGUAAUGUCCGAAAACAAAUAUUUCCGUUCUGACAUUAUUGUAUAGAACAAGUGCCUUUGCUAUUUCUUAUUAAUUGGUAGUAUGACGAAAAUGAAGCGUGAUUAUGUUGAUGUAUAAAUAGAGAUAUUGUAAUGUAAAGUCAAGAGUAGAAUGUAACCUAUAUUUAAAGAUUUCUAUGCAGAGAACCAUCGAUAUAUUUACAUUUAUAUUUGAAUGCUUGAAAUUGAUUUUAUUAUCUGCUUGAUGCAUACAGUAUUGUGGAAACAAGUGUGAGAUCAUAAUAUUCUAGAUUUUAGAGGAUGAAUGACGACUGUUUGAUUGUAAUACUAUUCCAUUCGAUCAAAUGUCGGUGAUUUUCUGUUCAAUUAAAGAUUUAAGGCAUCGUUAAUAAAAAAUCGGAAUUUUAUUAUAAAA